AUGGUGACCACGGAGGCGAGCAGCGGUAGCUGGUCGCACGAGUCGGGCGACGAGUGGGGCAUGGCGGACGAGAGCGGCUGGCAUGGGUGCGCGGUGGCGGGUCGCGAGAUCCAGACGACGGUGGGUGCGGAGAGCCGCACGAACGCGAUCUUGGCAGCGAACGGUCGCUCCGAGAGCAGUGGCAGCCGGAGCGGACGGCUGGGAGUGGCUGACGAAGAAGAUCUCGAAGCUGAAGGGUCGGGCUGGAGAAGAACGAGCGGUGGCGAACGAGUGAGGACGGGGAGUCGGAAAUUUGCGCGGUGA